GUAAAAGCACCCUGGCCCCCUGGUUCAGAGGCUGAUCAGAGGAUUUAUCUAGUUAGCUAGCUAACUAACGAGAAGCUUGUGAAGCUAGCUGAAUUUGAGGUUACAUAUUUUCCUGUUGCCUGUUAGGUAGCUACUUAGCAUUCUGGGGAUACAUAUAACUAGCUAGCUAGCCUACAUAGUUAGAAGCUAGCAGGCUAACUAAGCAUAGCAAUCCACAUCUAUGUAAUGGCAGCAAACUUGAAAGACAAGGAAGCCUAUCAAAGACUAAACUUUCUAUAUCAGGCUGCACACUGUGUUUUGUCUCAAACCCCUGAGAAUGUGGAAUUGGCUCGUUUUUACUGCUUCACUCAGAAGACCAUUGCAAAACGUUUGGUGCUGAGACAAGACCCCGCAGUGAAAAGAGCAUUAUGUAAGAAGUGCUGCUCUUUGUUGGUCCCAGGAGUAACUGCCACAGCCAGACAGAGAAGGAUUAAGUACAGAAACCGCAUGACUGUGCUGCAGUGUCUCAGCUGUGGACAGAGCAAGAGGUUCCUUAACAAUCCGGAGCAUCGCCUGUGGGUGGACCAGCCUGAGGCCCAGCUGGAGAACCAAUCACAGCCAGAACAAGGUCACUCCACUAAAGAGUUGCAGAAGGAGAAAGCUGAUGGACCCGUAUCUCAGAAAUCCUCUACAGGGCCUUCCUCUACCCAGCACCAGGUGUCUCCAUCAAAGCCCAAAACCUGAGCCCUGUGGCCUCGGUAGCCUAGUCACAACUGGACAUAGCUUCUUUGUUGAAAAUAUGUGUCAAUACCACACAAUUUCAUUUUUUAAUUUUUUAAAUAUGAGCAUAUUUUCUUUUUUUGCUGUGUUUUUUUUGCUGGUGACAACCUAUUAGCAUUACAUCAGUGGUAUUUCUGUAAUGGAUUAUAGUUGUAAUUGGUUGAGGUUGGUAAAAAUGCAAAAAAAUUGAUGGAUUGAGUUUUGUGUAUACCUCAACUUGUUCACAAUGUACAGUAAGUUCAGGAAUGACAACCAAUGUUAAAUGUUUAAUACACAUGUUUAUUUAAAAUAGUUAUUUUCAAUUGAUAUAUUACUUCUGAAAGAACACAUGUUGUACAUGAGAUAUGAAAUUGUAUCAUACAUGUACAGAUCUUAUUAUUCUAUAGCCCAUCCCUUUUUGUCAGUCUAACCUAAGGAGAGAAUCAGCUGUUGAAUAUAGUGCUCAGUGCAAAAUGAAACAUACCAAUAAGAACAAAAUUGAGCAUUGCAUUCCUAAUGUACUCUUAGGUCUGUUAUUGCCUCAGCUGAGGUGGAUGAUUUUUAUAUUCUUUCACUUUUUUUUAUCUCCCUCCCCCUUUGGCAGACGGAACCGGGUUUUCUGGGAAUACAGCAGGUUCUUGGUAAAAAUCCUAGGAAUGUGGCCCAUGUACAGGAGAAGGGCAAGGGUCAUUCCUGAAAAGAGGAUAUCUGUAUUACCAGCUUGAUAAGCAAUUAUGCCUCAUUGUCAAAGAUAAAGCCUUUUUUUUAUCAGG